AAACCAAUAAUCACCCUUUGAUUAAUUUAUAUAUUCUGCAACUCAUUGUAUACUAGCUAUCUAUCUACCUACCUAUCACAUGUAUAUGUUCAGUUCGUCUCUCUUGAAACAGUGAGAAGAAGCUAGCUCGCAUCAAUGGCGACAGUUGCAAGAGUGAUAGUUCUACUAUGGGUGGACAUAUUGGCCAUAUACGCCAUGUACGUGAUGAUGGCCUACUUAACCAACGUGUGGAAGCUCGGUUUCACACGCGCCGCCGCAAUCGUCAAUGUGUUUUGGGGCGUGGUGGCUAUAUUGCCGUUAUUCCUAGCAUUCCUAGUCGAAACCCUCACCGGAAAUUACUGGAUGCUCCUCCUUUCCAGCUUCUCUUACAGCGCUGGAUUAGGGUUCCUGGCAAUGUCGACUCCGCCGGUUUUGGGGCGUACAAUGGGAACAUGCAGAGAGUACAAGGCGGAAUGCAUCGGGCAGGGGCAGAAAGUACUCUUCUACACCGCGCUGCCUUUGAUAGCCUUCGGCAUGUCCGGCCACCUGACCUCUUGGAACUCGUUCAUGGCGGAGCAAUUUGUCCGAGUAGAGGGCGAGGAUGACGACGAUGAGAGAACGUUCUGGAAGUUCUUUUACAGCAUCUUCGCCACCAUCGUCUUGACCUUCGUGGCGGUUUUAGGCCUCCCCUACAUAAAGCCGUGGUCGGUUCGGUUCGGGAUUCCGGCCAUAUGCACCCUCGUCGCCACUCUCCUCUUCUUCAGCGGAUCCUGCUCUUACAAGUAUUUCAAGCCGCCGGGAAGCCCUUUAACGAAGUUUUUUCGAGUCUUCGCCGCCGCCGUUUCGAAGCUGUUUUGUAGAAUCCCACGAGAUCCUAAAGAGCUAUUCGAGCUCAAUCAUCCUCAACUUUACGUCAUUCCGCAUACAAAGAGCCUCAGGUGUUUGGACAAGGCUGCAAUCGUGAGACCUACGAAGCCGCUAGAGGAACAAGCGCAGAAUCUAUGGCGGCUCUGCACGGUGACGGAAGUCGAAGAGACAAAAACCAUCCUACGCAUGGUCCCCGUGUGGACGACAUUCAUCCUCUGCGGCGUGGUCAACGCCAUCGGCUUCACCUACUUCGUGGAGCAGCUGGACCACCUGGACCACAAAGUCGGCCGCCUGAAGCUCCCCUCUGUCGCCCUCCUCUGGUUCUUCGACCAAACCCAGAACCAGAUCGCCAAGCUCUACGCCAUGCUCGCGAACCGCCUCGCCCGGUCCGGGUCGAUCAAGUUCGCCCCUCCCCUCGGGAUUGCGGUGUCCAUGACCCUCGCGAUCCUCUGCUGCGUCACCGCGGCCAAGGUCGAGGCCCGCAGGCUCGGCGUGGUGCGGGCGCACGGCCUCGUCGAGAAGCCCGACGCGACCGUGCCGAUGAGCAUGUUCUGGCUGCUGCCGCAGUUCGUGCUGCUCGGAGCGUCGACGGGGAUUUUCAACUACAGCGCGCUCUGCUUCUUCGUGGACCAGGCGCCGGCGUCGACGCGGCCGUACCUGCCGUUUAUGAUCAGCGCGGUGUUUGGCGUGGGGAUUUUGGGGAGUGUGGCGUCGGUUUUUGUGGUGGGGAAGGUGAGUGAGAGAGGGGGGAAGAGGAGUUGGUUUCAGCAUGAUUUGAAUGGGAGUAGGAUGGAUAAGUAUUACUGGACUUUGGCGUGGUUGAUGGCUGUGAAUCUUGGGGUUUUUGUGGUUGUAGCGAUGUUGUAUCGUUAUAAGGAGUCGGAGCUGCAGGAGUUGGGAGGGGCCGACUUCGGUGGGAUUGAUGAAAGCUUUGAUGAGAACUCCAAAUGUUGGUGCUGCAGCUUCUGUUAGAAUAUUAGAUCGUCACGACAAUUUGUUUCUGCUGUGAUUGUAAAUCUUUGUUAAGUUUAGAAACUUGUCUUUUGCUUAAGUACUUGGAGAUCAAAUUUUUUAUCUCCUUUUGUAGGAAUUGGGUAGUCCAAUUAAUGAGCUAAAGGCAAGUUGGCAUUGGCUAUCCCUAUCUUAAUUUUAUUUUAUAGUAGUAUAUAAAUUCAUGUUAGGAUUUAAAUUUA